CUCCACGGUGGUGGGGACAUGACAUCGACGAGGGGCGAUGAGCGCAUUCGAAUAGAUUCGCGGGUUUUCGGAAUAUGAAGCCAUCCCUCCCUCUUAACCUCUUCGCGAUCUCUUCAUCUUGAGGAGUUUCACUGCUCAACCAGACACGCUAUCCAUCAAUUCUUAAUCGUAUUACCUCGUCAAGCAAUUCACAAUCCAUCAUGGCUUCCAACCAACCCGGUCGUUGCUGCGCCUUGGGCCACCUGCACGAAGGCACCCCGUCAGGCGAGAACAUCAAGAUUGGCAAGAUUGAUGCCUACUUCGCCAAGCCCACCACCACCAACCACAACAACAAGACCCUCGUCGUCUACCUCCCCGACAUCAUCGGCAUCUGGCAGAACUCCAAGCUCAUGGCCGACGCCUUUGCCGCCGAGGGCUUCGCCUGCGUCGUCGUCGACCUCUUCAACGGCGACCCGGGCCCCCUCAACCCGCCCGAGGGCUUCGACCUCAUGGGCUGGCUGCAAAAGGGCAGCGACGGCAACAACCCGCACGGCGUCGAGCAGGCCGACGCCAUCACCGCCGAGGCCCUCCAGUGGGCCAAGCAGCAGGGCUACACCAAGAUCGGCGCCGCCGGCUACUGCUUUGGCGCAAAGUAUUGCGUCCGUCACUACAAGAACGGCAUCGGCGCCACCUUUCUCGCCCACCCGUCCUUUGUCGACGAGGAGGAGCUCGCGGCCAUCACGGGACCCCUGGCCAUUGCCGCCGCCCAGUUUGACGACAUCUUCCCUACCGAGAAGCGCCACAAGUCCGAGGAGGUGCUGGCCAAGACCGGCGUGGACUGGCAGAUCUUCUUGCACUCGGGUGUCCAGCACGGCUUUGCUGUCCGGGGCGACAUGACCAAGCCGAAUGUCAAGCGCGCCAAGGAGCAGGCCUUUAAGCAGGCUGUCGAGUGGUUCGAGUCGCAGCUCUCGCUGGCCUAGAUAGACAGAUAGAAUGAAUAAAGAUUUAUGACUCUAUGCCUCCAUGAGCUACGAUAGCUACGGCU